AUGGUGUGCCGCCGCUCGCGGCUCUUCUUUUCGCCCCAUGCGGUGCCGCCGCACAAACUGCAGGCGCUCCUGCGCAGCUGCGGACUGCAGGACAUUGUUGAGGCGCACGGCGACAACUUUGCGCGGGCGGUGGCGGCGCGGCCGCGGUACCAGCUCUUCGCCCCCCUCUUCACGCCGUACUUCACAGUAGAGAGCCACCACCUCACGAUGCUGGGCGACACCCUCAUCGAUGACUUUCUCUCCCAGGCUAUGCUGCGAUACGCCGUGCACGCCGGCCUCGUGCUAACCAUGAACGCUACACGGCAACUCAACGCGGUGCUGCACAACCACUUCACGCUGCGCCUAUUUGCGAAGGAGUUGCACUUCGAUGAGCUCGCGGUCCCGCUGAGCCUUGAGGGCUGCGCCGCGGAUGACGCCGGUGGCGAGGCGGGGAACAGGCUGGCCUUCCUGGAGCCGCAGCACGUUGGCCUGCGCGAGCACGACGUCGCGGGGACGUCGUUUCAGUUCACGCCGCUGCGCGCCGGGCAAAGUCCGCUCGGCUGGAUGUUCUCGCACUUUAUAGGCGCCCUGCAGCAGGCGUUCGGCGGGGCGGUGGUGCCGCGGGUGCUGUCACGCGUCUACGGCGACGUGGAUGUGAACCUCCCAGGCGGCGCGGCGGCGCUGCUGCUGCGCACGCUCCAGCACUUCCCCGCCGGCAACGUCACGGAGGCGGUGCUCGCCGCGCAAGGGCUGCCGCUGCGCUUUGUCACCAAGACGCGUGCGCUGCCCGAUGAGGCAGCGACGGAGGGGCCGGAGGCGGCGGCAGGGACGCGGCGCACGGCGGAGGAGGCGGUUGUGUGCAGCGGCUUCGGGGUGCAGGACGCCGCGCGCGACGCGGUAACGCUCGACGGGCUGGCCACCAACCCCAACGCGCUCGCGUCGCUGGCGGCAGGGCCGGGCGGGCUGGACGCCGUCAACACUUGGCGUGAGCGGGCGCAGCGCGAGCUUCAGGAGGGACGGGGGGCGCUGCGCGACGCGGUCCGCGACGAACACGACGACGACGACGACGGGUGGCUGCAGCCGCAAGAGCGGGAACGCUACCGGCGCGGCGCCGCCUUUUACAACGCCGUAGACUUCACUGCCGCGGCCACUUACUUCGCCGAUGCGUACGGGCUGCCGCAGCCCGUCAAUGGGCAGCGCGUCGCGCGGGUGAAGUUUAAGAACGCCGUUCGCGACCCGCUCUUCUACGACACGCGCUCCGACAUGCGGAACGGGGUGCCCUUCUCGACGGACGGGGAGCCGCUGGCGCAGUAUCUUGACCGCUUCAACCGGCCCCAUCGACGCCUCUUCGAGGUGGCGCUCGUCGUUGGCGGCGGCGAGGGGCGCACUGCCGGCCGCGCCAUUGCGACGCGCUACACCGUCGCCCGCGAGUCCGCUUGCCGCGCCUACCUCGGCGCCGUCCUGCACGACCUGCAGACGAUGAGGGAGAGGAACUCCACGGCCGUGUGA